UCUAGAGAGGUUUGCUCCUGGCACUUUCAUAUCGGUAUCAAGAGGGUAUCGGUAUCGGUAUCGAUAUCCCAGGUCAUUUUUUAUACAGGGAAAUCGCUGCCUUAAAAUUUCAAGACUCAUAAACUGCUACAGUUUUUUUUUUCCUGACAACCUCAGACAGUUCUUAAUAUUUCACCAAGGUGUUCACUCGAACUUCAACCACCAGGAGGAACUAAAUGUUGGUGCUUUAAACCUCCCUGCAGACCUGAUGCAACAUCAUCUGAGUCAUGAUGAGAAGAAGCACUCGACUACAGUCACUGGGUUACUACAACCUAGACGGACUGCCGACCAUCUCCUACAGAGAGACUUCAUGCAAAAUCUUCAGAAAGCGAAGGAAAUGUAAAAGUGCUGACCUGAAAACAGAAAUCGAAAUCGUUCCUCACAUAGACAUGAAGUUGGUCUUAGACACGGACUCUGACUCGGACACCAUCAUUUGCUCUGAGUUUGACUUGGAGACCAACGCAGACACCAUCCCGUACACAGACUUUGACUUGGAGAUAGACAACAUCGCAUCCACAAACGUAGGCACGGACUCAGACGCAGAAACCGUCACAUACACGGUGCUAGACACAGAUUCAGACACAGAAACCAUCCUAAGCGCAGACUUGGACAUAGAUUCAGACACAGAACCCAUCCCUCACAAAGACUUGAACAUGAACACUGAGGUAGGGAUGAUAAGAGAAGAAGAACCACACUCUAAAACCAGUUGGAUGACCAUCGGAAGUAAGCUGUUCCCCAAAAGGAAAUACAAGGAGAACAUUAGCUUGUUCUUCAUCACGUGCCUCGUGGUUUUUGUUCUGGCUUACCCGAUUUAUGCCAUGAGCUUCACACCUGAAGAGUCUCCUGCUUCCCCUAUUGCAGGGGACAUGGCCUCCAGUGGAUACUCCAAAGACAUGAUGGAUCCAAUAGAGCUGAUGAAGACUCUGAGGGGUGGUCUUCCACCAUAAAUUAGCAUUAGCAUCACAGGGCCCAAGCAAAAUCAGAUCCACUCCCAGAGUUAUGGAUAGGUAAGUAUGGAGGUAAGUAUGGAGGUAAGUACGUCUACACAAGUUCAAUCAAGCUGAAAACUACCAGCCUAUACCCACCUGUUAUCUACCUACCUGCUUAUCUACCUACCUGCUUAUCUACCUACAUGUUAUCUACCUACCCCUCUGUCUAUCUAUCUAUAGAUACCUAUAGAUAGAUAGACAGAUCUUCCUUCCCCCACCUCUCCCUUCAUUUAUCCUUCCGUCCACCCAUUCCUCCCUCCCUCCACCUCUCCCUCUUUCAUUC